AUGGCAAAAGAUGGCAAGCCCGCUGCAUCAACCCUGCUUUUCAUCGUUGGGGCGCUCACCACCCUUGCAUUGAGCCUGGUCAUGACAUCCUCCUGGAAAGCUACCCUGGCCACCGUCUUCUUGAGUGUCGCCUCACUCCUUAUUUUCGUCACGACCCGCCAUCUGCAAAUUCAACGAGGCCAUCUUGGACGCCCAGUGGAACUCUCCAAUGCCGUCAAUCAAGCCAGCUCAGGGGUUCUGAGGGGAGCGUACUUCCUGGUCGUCCUUGGCUCAGGCGGCCACACGAAAGAGAUGCUCGCCAUGAUGGAGAUUGGGUUCCCCCAUGUUCCAAACAUGCACCGACGGUAUCUCAUCUCUAGUGGUGACACCAUGUCCCUAAAGCACUUGGACGCAUUCGAGCAGGAUCUCAAGGCUACGCAUGGCGAGCAGCAGGCUGGCACCUACGACUUCCACAUCGUUGCCCGAGCCCGCAAGGUUCACCAGAGCCUCCUUACGACUCCUUUUACCGCCAUCCUGUCUGUCAUCCAGAUCUUCCCGUUGCUUCUGUCGUCCCCCUUUACCGGCGCACGGAAGCGACAACAGUUUCCCGACAUCAUUCUCACCAAUGGACCCGCGACGGGAUUCAUUGUCGGGUUGGUUGUGUAUUUGCUCAAAAUGUUUUGCGUCAUCCCCGAAGAUACCGCACAGGUCCUGUUCAUCGAGUCGUGGGCCAGGAUCCGCACUCUCAGCCUGACAGGCAAGCUGUUCCAUCGUACUGGCAUCGCAGAUAUGCUGCUCGUACAGCACGAGAAGGUUGCCAAUGCAUACGGUGUCGCCAAUGCGGGUUGUAUGGUCGUGGGAAAGAGGCAGACUUAA